AUGCCAUCUGAAUUACCAUUUGAAAUCCUGAGCAUCAUUGCAUCCUUCAUCUCGAUCACUGACAGAUUCCACUGCACAACAGUUUGCAAAUCAUGGACAGCGGCAUUUAAAGACUCUUUACGAGGUGUAUUGAUAAUAAAUCCAAAGAACCAACAAAUCGUUCAUCACUUAUUAGAAACCGAGCAAGAAAUACGAGAAAAUGAUAAAGUGUCCAUAUGGGCAUUACAGAUGAUCGGAUCGCUCAAUAUCAGCACGAAAGAUUUCCAGCGGAUACAUAAACGCUUUCCAAGAUUGACAUAUUUAAAAAUUAGAGAAGAAAGUCUGGAUCCCAAAAGCUAUAGAGUGCACUGGAGCGCAUGGAAAUCCUUGAAACAUCUAGAACUCGAUCUUCCAAACCUAGAAAGUCGUACCCAGUUCAGUCGGAUCCUAGAAAUCCUAUCAUGUUUGCCGAGUCUUGAAAACCUCACUCUUGAAGAUUGUACACUAAACCAAGCAUAUCAUUGCACCUGGUUUGAUCUCGAAAAGCUUUGUGAUUAUUUGCCACUAUUGGAAUUUCUUCGACUACGCAUUAAAUUUGAUGAAAUCUCAACGGCCACAGUCGAUCGAUUUAGAAGCCUAGUCCCAGAAAUCCGCUUAAGAACCUUGGAAAUUUGUUGCGAAGGAAUGGAUCUUAUAUGGUUAUUCUAUUUCUCUAUAAAAUUCCCAAACAUACACACAUAUUUUUGGGAAAUAGAACAAGUGACAAGCAGUCGAAUUGGCCAGGAUUCUCGAUUUACAAGUUCUAUGGAUGGUUAUGACAGCCUCAAAGUAUCACAUCAUGAAAUAAUGUCGGUUGCAUCAAAGAUACCUUGUUUUUUCCCUUACCUGCAGACACUCACAAUAAACGAGAGGGCAAUUCCAACUUGGAGGCACAUAUCUUUUUGGACCUUGGUUCACAACUACAGAAUCCCUCUUAAACAUCUUUAUUACCGUAUGAACUUGUCCAACGUAAAACCAGAAGUUUCUGAAAAGAUAAUAGUUAGAUGCAUGGACGCUUGUGUGACAAAAGUAACAACUCUUUCCAUGAUACUAGACUACUUGUUGAAGAUCACAAAUAAUGCCAGUGGAUCAAGUGAAAAAAUACCUGUUAUGGAGAUCUUGAGCCGCGGAUAA